AUGCUUGGCAUCUUAUUUUAUCUGGGGCGGUGCUGGAGUAUUCUAUGUGGUACCUUUUCCUUCUGCCUAGAACUCAUUCGUGGCACCUCAUCAACAUUGGAUAUUGAGCGUCAGGCGGGUCACGAUAAGGGUGAUAAGUUCGAUUGUCAAGUGCAUUACUACGACCAAGCGGCUCAAGAGAGGAGCAAGACGAGACGGAGCUCUGGCCUUCUGCCUAACUUCAUCGAUGAGAUGCGUCUCUAUCCCAAAGUCAGCCCUAAAACCCCCAUUCAUUAUGUGAAUGGCGUUGAGAGUCUGGCUUCUGAUAAUACAUCCUCUCAGGAUACUCUUGUUGACGUCGUGAACCCGGAUCUUAGUUUGGGCGUCACGGAAUCAAGAGACCACGACCUGUCAGCAAAUCAACAAGGGCGCAAGACGAGCCAAGGGUCUAGUGUCUUUAGUGGUAAGGUGUCUCUCAACCAGGACAUUGCCUUCGCAGCAGGCAAAGAUGGAACUUCACCAGAGAUACCGGAGGUGCUGAAGCUGCUCACUUGGAAUUGGAAACCGCGUGAUGCACAAGAUUCUAGUGCCGAAAAGGUCGCAUUGCAUCUUAUCUCCGAGAGUGAGGGAUACUUCCACUGUGUUCAAUUCAAGGACUGGGUGGAGGAAGCAACAGAUUCUUCAGGUGCCGCGAGAUUCCUCGAGUCGAAGUAUGAUUGUCUAAGUGCAAUGCUUUACUACUAUCUCAGAAGACAUGCGGAAGAAUAUGGAAAGUACUUGGAUGUGCAGAAAGUCUUAGAGAAAGAGGCAGACCCUUUUCUAUUCCACGCAGUUGAGCAUGCCUGCAACUGCUUUAUGAGACGGAAAUGGGUCGAACACAGUAUCAAUUUUCAGUUCAUUACGGAUCCGCUUGAAAGAACGCUGCCUGAGGCAUUGGCAAUCCAGCUUUCGAACGCGGAUCUCUCUCUCUUUCAAGGACUUACUGUUGACAGUCUUAUAAAGGGCAGCGGCGAUGUACUGUCGGCUCUUAAUACCCGUUGGAACAACCUUUCCUGUGAAUCAGAGGAAUGUUCGACUGCGGGCUUUCAUUCAAAGUUGGUCGAAUUGAUUCAGGAGCUUUAUCGUCUGAGUAACUUUUACUCGUUGACAGCAAUCCUUCUGGGAGUCCAGUCAAGAGGGAGGCGACUAUCAGCGCUUGAGGAAUUUAACUAUCUGAUGGAUUCUAACGAAAACUACUUGCUGUAUAGGCAGUGCGUUUCUCCUGGGCCUGCCCUUCACUUUCUACUCCCUUUCAUACGGAUCCGACUUCGAAAGCCUGCGGCUGCUUUGAUGGUAGUAUCUGCCGCUACGGAAUACAUGUCAAAUGCUAAGCUGAGGCUCUCGCCCUACAAGUAG